UAACCUCCGGAGCUGCGCAGUUGCAGUCAGCUGACAGUUGUGACCAACCAGCGGGUGUACCAUCUCAACCGAGUAGACCCUGAACCGAGGAAAAUCCUCCUACUAACGGUUUUGGCCGCGGAGAACCGGAGAGCCGCUACCUCCGAUCCCCGGCCACGUCUUCCCGCUUCUUGUAGGAUGAGUGUCGGCGCUCCGAGAGGCCUGGCCAGCUCGGGGCAGAAGCCCAUCGCGGAGAUCCUUCACCCGCUGUCCGCCGCCGAGGAGCCCAUCUCCGUCACCGUCGGAGGAGAUAAGGAAGCUGGGCUGACCAAUGGAACACCGGUUGAGACAUCGAGUCCUGCCUCCGCGUCCUCGCUUUUCAACAGGCUGCAGCUGGACGAUGACCUGGAAGCAGACGUCCGGGACCCUUACACUCUCACGGAAACCCGCGACCUCUUUGUCACGGUCGAUGACCCAAAGAAGCACGUCUCCACCAUGGAGACCUACAUCACCUACAGAGUGUCCACAAAGACAUCACGAAUAGAGUUUGACCUGCCAGAGUACUGUGUGCGACGACGUUACCAGGACUUUGAUUGGCUGAGGAUCAAGCUGGAGGACAGUCAGCCAACCCACCUCAUCCCUCCCCUGCCGGAAAAGUUCGUAAUGAAAGGUGUAGUGGAUCGUUUUUCGGAAGAGUUUGUGGAGACGAGGAUGAAAGCUCUUGACAAGUUCCUGAAGAGAGUCGCAGACCAUCCUGUCCUCUCCUUUAACCCGCAUCUAAACGCAUUCCUGUCGGCCAAGGACCUGAACAAGCGCCAGGGUCUGGCCCUGCUGACCAAGGUGGGCGAGUCAGUGAAGCAUGUGGCCGGGGGGUACAAGCUACGAGCGAGGCCAGCUGAGUUUUGCGCGAUGGGAGAAUACCUGGAUACAUUCAGCCAGAAACUGGGAACAAUCGACCGCAUCGCUCAGAGGAUCCUGAAAGAGCAGUCAGAGUAUCUGACAGAGGUCCGUGAGUACGGAACCCUAUAUUCCAGCUGGGCGGGGUCUGAGGAGGAGCUGCAGCGCCCCCUGGAGGGCGUGGCCGGCUGUGUGUCCACAUGUUGCGGUGCCCUGGAGGAGCAGUGCGAGAACAUGAGCCAAGACUUCCUGCCUGUACUCAGAGAAUACCUCCUCUAUAUAGAGUCCAUGAAGAAUGUUUUGAGGAAGAGGGACCAGAGCCAGGCGGAGUACGAGGGCCGGCUAGAAGCAGCCGUAUUGCGCAAACAGGAAGACAGAACGCCAAUACCAGUGGAGGUGGAGAAAUGCCAGGACAAAGUGGAGUGCUUCAACGCUGACCUGAAGGCAGACUGGGAGCGCUGGCAGAGCAACAAGAGACAAGACUUUAAACAGCUUCUCAUCGGCAUGUCCGACAAAAACAUCAACACUUACGAAAAGUCCCAGGCAGGCUGGGAGUCGCUCAUAACACUCCUCCAGGAGAAACAGACUGAGGACAAAACGAGCGAGACGAACUGAAACAUCCCCUCGUGCUCCCUGCCUUCCCCUCUGUCCAUAUAACACAUUCUGUCAUGCCAAGGAAAUGGACCACGUGGGCAGCGGACGUUUACUGCUGGACUGCUCUCCUUCUCUCCUGAGAUGAUUGUACGGAGGACAGUCGUGUCUCUGAGAUCUGACCUGCUAAGGAGGUAACAAACGGUGCAUUCAAGCACAGCGUGGAAAGAGGAGAGACUUACUUUGUACAGACAUUUUCCUUUGUUUAUUUGUUGUUCUUAUUCACUUUUUGUACUUAAUGUUUCCAAUUAACAGUCAGUUGCCAAUGCUGCUUGUGUUUAUUUAACCCCGGGUCUCAAAAAGUUCUGUUUUCUGUCCGGUCCCUCCAUGUUCACAUUAGCCAAAUGUGACAGAAAGGUCUUGAGUGUGGCAGUCAGAUAACAUGAAGUUAUGCAAGGCCAGAAGUGAAGUAAUCUUUCAGACUUUUUUCCCUAUCAGGUUGUAAAAGCCUCUGAAAAUGUAACACAAUAACUCCCCCAAGACAAGCCUGAAAUCGUCUGUAAAUGAAGAACAGUUUCUUCUUAAAUUAAAGGACUGUAACUGUUAUUUUUCCAUGUUUAUGUGCAAGAACUCCCCAUCCACCAUUACUGUUUUGUAAAGCUCCAUGAAGCUCAUAGUUGUCCUAGUUUUCCUGUUACCUUUUCUCCAUUGUAACAUUAACGCGAGAAACUUGAAACAUGCUGUAAUCAUCAGGGCUCAAGACACACCAGAAGCAAAACAUGCAUGGAGCAAAUGCAGGAACUGUAGCAGCAGACAUCCACACAUGUCUCUAGUUCUUGUGACUCCAGAUCAUUGAAAAGGGAAACAGCAGGAUGCAUUCCUGAUCCACAUCCUUUUGGAUACAUAGUGUCUAAGUUGAAUGCAAAGCUUUAUAUCAGGGAAGUGAAUUUGAGUUUGUCCUCAAUGAAGCUCAUCACACACCCAGCCACACACACACACACACACAGCAGAUGUGGUUGCAGCACAGCAGCACUGCCUGGUGGUUAAACUGUGAACAGUUUUCAUUCGUUCUUUUAAAACUGGUGGCUUAACUGUUCGUACUGCCUCUGCUGAUGUGUCUUGGUAUCACUUUUUGUUUUCUUUCUUACCAUGAUCAUUGAUAUUCGAAGCAGUUAUUUCACCUCUAAUCUUCACACAAAAGUUUGAACUCCAUUAGGAAUUCUGGAGUGCAUACUGGGAGUCUCCAUGAAACCACAUAGAGAUAACAGACAGUAGAAAUUGAUGAGAAUCUAAGAUAAAGAGAAUCUAUUACAAUCAUUGUUUACUCAUUUUUUUUAUUUUCUUUAAAUCAAAUGCCAUAUCUUAACAUCAGUGACUCUCAUUUUUGGAGCAUUUCUGAAUGAAAAAACUGCAUUUGGACAUGUAGAAGUAUCGCCUACCAUCAAUAACAUGUGUGUUUUGAGGUUGGCUGUUACUUGAAACAGGGUUUAGACAUGAGUUGGAGUUAAGAUCUUAUAGGUGAACAUCUGUUUAAGCAAAGAAUUGUGGUGUGCUUGAGCACUAAGACAAAAGAGCACUGUAGCUUCUGGGAAAUAUCUGUUUCAUCCUGGAAAGCUACAUAAUGUUGCUCAUAGGAGUUUUGUAAAAGCUCAACUGGUCAGAGCCAGCCAGACAGACAUUGCAAGGCGUACAUACUGAGUAAUAAAAGCUAAAUACACAA